UACAAAAUGUUAGUGUUAUGAAAAAUAAUUGAAUCCCAAUACCCUGCCGCCCAGUGCCCAUGUCAUUGAAGUCAACUUUGGUUGAAUAUGUGUUUAUGUAAACGAUAAGCCAUAACUUCUGGUCUCUACUGUAGGAGUGUAGUCUGUGGAUAAUGGGUUUUUGAUUCCUUUGUACGGAAGACUCUUUCCUAGAAGCAUCCCCGUGAGUUGCUUCUGUAGCAUAUAUCAGAGUAAUUAAUUUGAGUGACAACUAAUAAUCCUACCCAUUAACUUGUGUGUUGAAGUUCCCUCCCCUUCUGAGAAAUGGGGAUAGUCGUUUUCGAUGUAACUUGACAUUGACGUCUUCAUAGUGACACAGGAGAGCAAUACACAUACACAUACACAUACACAUACACAUACACAUACACAUACUGUAAAAAGAUCGAGUGAAGUCCGUAGUAGAUAGAUACAUACAGGUCCCACAAGGAAAAGGAAUAGGAAUAGGUAUAGGAAUAGGAAUAGGAAUAGGAAUAGGAUGAGAUGUGGCGGUUAGAAACGUGGUAGUGGGACAGCCCUCUUUUAAUAGGCUUGACUGGAUUGAUUUUAGACACAGGUACCAUGUAGCCGUACCGUUGGAAAAUAAGAUCAAAACCCAGCUCAACAUAUAUAGUAUUAGUCCCUAAAGUCAAAUCAUAGAAUUAGAGCCAUUUCAUCUCUCUCUCUCUCUCGCUUUCUCAUUUAAGGCUUAGAUAUUCUAUUUUAAUAAUAUUAAAAUAUAAUUUAAAAAGUCCGUACUGAUUGUGUUUGUAAAGUGAUGUACCUUGUUAGUACGCGGUUUUUAGAGACAGAGGAGCAACAGCUGUUGUUGUUCUUCUUCUUUUUCUAUAGUAUCUACUCACUCUUCUACUGGUAUUUGUGUUUUGCGCGUUUCCUUUCUUUUUAUUAUUUGAUUAUCUCCUUGACUCUACUGAGUUUUGUAGAGAUAGUACGGAGUUCUUCGUAUCAUAUCGUUUUUAUUUUUAUAUUUAAUACGGAGUAAAUUACAACUCUCUCUUUGGCAAUUGGCAAUUGCCAAUUGGCACCCUGCAAAUCCAGGAAGCUGCCUUUGAAAGAAUCCUAUGAUCCAAACAUAUCUUCUCUUAUAUUAUCAUUUAUCAGCUAUUUUGUUUUUCCAUCAAUACCACCACGGACUACAUAUCAAUACCUUCAUGUGGGCUGUCAAUCAUUCAUCUCCCUCUCUUUUAUUCUCCACUCUUGCAUUUACCAAUCAACAUUUCCUUUUAAAUAGAUACUUCCCGCUAUAAUUAUUACCCCUCUGUACAUGUGAGACCAAAUGCAUUUUAUGUGAGAGCAAAGUUGUAGUCCCAUUAUCAUUUGUUUGUAAUGGAGCAACCUUUUAGGGGCAGACCAAAAUGUUAUAUAGGGUUAACAAAUAGGGGAAGAGGGAGUACUAUAGCCAUUUAUGUACUCUACUAUGAUUAUUUUGUUAAAUACAUCUCAAUGUAUAUUUUAUUUAUACUCCGUACCAACUUUUAUAAUUUGUGUACGGUUUACAUUUUUAUUUUAUUAAAUAUAUUAAUGGAUAAAUUAUGCAUUGAUAAAGGUGAUUAAAGAACAGUAGUACUAUAUAGUAUACUCCAUGGUACUCCAAUGUGAUUAUCUGAACUAACCUCAUUGGGACAGCUAAACGAGGUACUUAAUGUACUCCCUACUACUACAGUACUUUCGUGUAUUACAUUAGCUUGUGAAAGCAGUGCUUAGUGCAGAGGAAAUCCAGCUACUACUGGCUUUUGCUUUAAUCAAAGUUACAGUGUUGUACUUGUUGAGUUGUUGUGGGUUUGAAAAUGCUUCAAUUCUCUUUCCUCCGCAACUUCUUCUAUGCUAAUUGCAAUUUAGCCGAUGUGUCUACUGUAUUAACCCUAAUGCCCUAUACAAAAACUUACAAACGAAUGUCUUAUAUAUAAAUCACAUUCUUGUCAAAUACAAAUAUUUCCACGUUAUGAUCAAUAUUAUGUUUAAUUAAUUAUUCUCCAUUGUCAAAUAAAAUAAUUAUACCUUCUAAUCAAUUAACUAUAUUUUUUAAUCAGAUAGUUAUACACUUUGUGAUCAUAUAGUAAUGUUUUCUAAUACGGACAUCAAUUGUCUUAUGCGUAUAAGGUUUCGUCGAAGAACUACCCAGUAGUCCAGUACCCUAAGGUUUAAGCUUGAUGGAAAGAAAAAGGGGGGCAUCUUGUGCAUUUUUAAACUAUGUUAAUUAUUAAUUGCUAAUUAUUCAAUUCUUCAGUAGCUUGUAUGUGUCGCCAUUUUCGCCAUUUUCUUGCAGCACUGCAAUUUACCUUUAACUAGUCCUCAACCUACCAUGGUGUGACACUUCAGCGCUGUUUUUUAAUUCAUAGUCAGUUAUCAGUUGGUACGGAUUACGGAGUGGUAGUGAUAUAGAACGGCUAUAGUGUUUUGAGAUUUUGUGGAGGAGUAUGUCUUUCUGCUAUAGAGGACAGGUAGAGAGCUUCAUUAUGGCAGGCUAUUACAGAGUACUCCGUAAUGGAUACUCGUAUUCUAUAGUCUAAUUAUGAAAUUGAUAUGUGUGCCUCGAAUCCUCCAUGAAGGAUGUUAGGUUGUUACAGUGGAAUAUUUGACUUCAAAUGGACAUAUCUCAUGAUCUACUCAUUAAAUUGAGUUGAUUUAUGUUAGAGGUGAAAACUUGGCUCAAUAGUUUUCCAACGUAUGGUCAUAAGCUCAUUUUGGAUGAGAAAUGAGGGAGUUAUGACUAUUUUACGAGAAACUGUCAUACAGUAGGGGAGGUUUGGCCGAACCUGCUGGAAGUUCGGCCGAACCUUUGAUGGUUCGACCAUAGACAGUAGCUUGGAAAUUUUGGAUGUCCGGCCGAUCUUUGGGUAGGUUCGGCCAAACCUGACCUUGGUUCAACCGAACUUGUUAUAGGUAUGGCCGAACCCUACAGGUGAACUCUUUUCUUCUCCGCAAGCUUCAAUCGAGUAUUCCUUAUCGGAGGGAGUAUAUGAUACUCCCUCCGUCCCGGAAUACUUGACCUGUUUUCCUUAUCGGGCCGUCCCUUAAUACUUGACAUGUUUCUAAAAAUGGAUAUAUUCUAACAAUACUAUAUUAUUUCUCACUCUACUCCUAUUUAUCCACCUACCCCCUACUCCAUACAAAAAAUAAUUAAAAAUUCAACCCCUACUCUCCCCCAACCCCACCUCUUAAACCACCUCCCACUAACUAUAUUAAAAUAAUACCCCACUAUCAACUACUACCUAUUAAAUUAAAUAAGUCAAUUCAAGUCCUUUAAACUCUGUGCCGGUCAAACCGGGUCGAGUAUUUCGGUACGGAGGGAGUAACUUUUAUUUUCAUAUACUAGAAAUAAAAUAGGGUCAAAAUGAAUUAUGUGAGAAGUGCAAAAAGUCAAAUCGAUGCGCGUAUUCCGGGACGGAGGGAGUAUGUAGUAUCCAAAUGUACAUAGCGCUAGGUUCUUAAUUUUUCUCUUUUAAAAUGUUUUGCUAAUUUUAAAAUUGAUCAAAUGAGCAACGAGAACAUUGUUAUUUUCCAAUUCACCGUUAAAUAAAUACAAUGUACAGUACAGUACAAUACGGAGUACAAUACAUAUACAUACCUAUUGGUCCUACACUACGUCCAUUUUCCAUUCCCCAAGUGAAAUGAAUCUAUACAAAUUGGCCCGGAGUUAUUUAAUCUUAUUUAAUUAUUGAUAAUAAUUAACAUCUGUGAUCUGUCACCCAUUUCCUGAACCUUCUCUGCUUGACUUGAGGUAUCAUCAUAGGCUAAAUAAGGAAGAAGCUAACAUCUAUAAAUAUGAGUCCAUUCUGAGAUUCUCUAGUCGAUCUCUCUUAGUUUUCACAAACGUAAAUUUCUAUUUUUCCUUUAGCAAACAAAUUAAGAUCUACGUACAAAGGUCGAUCAAGUUGAAGUUGUGUAUUAGAAUAUAAUUGCAAGCUAAGUUGAGUAAUGGUGAAGUCAGAGCUGAAGAAGACCGAAUCUGAAGCAGCGAAACCGAUGUCAUCAUCGUCAUCGUCAUUGUCAUCGUCCUUGUCUCUGUCUUCUUCUUCAUUAAAGAAGAAGUACAAAGGAGUUAGAAUGAGGAGUUGGGGUUCAUGGGUUUCUGAGAUUAGAGCUCCAAAUCAGAAGACUAGAAUUUGGUUGGGUUCCUAUUCUACCCCUGAGGCUGCUGCUAGAGCUUAUGAUGCUGCACUCUUAUGCCUCAAGGGUUCUUCUGCUAAUCUCAACUUUCCUCACUCUUCUUAUUCCACAACAUGUCCUCUUAUCCCUUCUUCUAAUAACCAUACUACUACUACUACUACUACUACUACUACUGUUACCACUGUUAUGUCUCCUAAAUCUAUCCAGAGAGUUGCUGCUGCUGCUGCUGCUGCUGCUGCUACUACUUCUACUACUACUACUUUUACUGAUCAAUUUCACCAUUGUUCUUCCUCUUCAUCAAUCUCACCUUCUCCAUCAAUGUCAUCAUCCCCUUCUCUGUCUUCCUCAUCCCCACCUUUGGGCCAGAUCACUGAUGAUUUAAUCUCUCUAACUCAUCCCUAUCCCAGUUUUAAUGCAGACAUUAACAAUGCUCUUAUGAUGAAUAACAACGAAGAAGAUCCAUGGUCAUGGUUUGAUGUAUCUCCUAAACACGUCGAUCUCAUGUUGAACUCCAUGUUCUUCAAUCCCCCUUCCCUCAAUAUUAUGGAUAUUGAGCAGCUACACGAUGAUGGAGAUAUUCCCCUCUGGAGCUUCCGCUAAUCCAAUCCAAUCCAUCUAUUCAAUUCACAUUUCAAUAUUCUUACUCAUUCAUAAUCCAUCUAUUCAAUUCACAUUUCAACAUUCUUACUCAUUCAUAAUCCAUCUAUUCAGUUCACAUUUCAAUAUUCUUACUCAUUCAUUUCACUGUUCUCGCGGUAGGGGCCUUGAGGACAACACGUACUGACAAUGACAUUCUUAUAAGUUAUCUAUAGUUAUAUACACACACAUUAUAUUUAUAGUUUUAUAUACUGCGGAGUACUCCAUCGAUUUGUAUUUGUUAUAAUCCAUGUAUGUAACUCAUUUAAUUAGCUAGUACUCUGAUCCGAUCAUGUAGUCUUAUUCUUAGCAUAUACAACUAGAAAGAAAACGUUAAUGUUUA